CCGGUCAUAUCGUGUUCCGUACGCACGUGUGUCAGUGCGGUCCGAGCAGACAGAAUAAACGCCCAUCAUGACGUCUUUGGCUCACCAGCUGAAGAGGCUCGCGCUGCCUCAGAGCGAUGCCAACCUGCUGACCCGCAGGGAGGUCGCCUCGCUCCUCUUCGACCCCAAAGAGGCGGCGUCCAUGGACAGGAGCACCUUCUUUGCCCUCGGCUGCACGGGGCUGGAGGAGUUGCUGGGAAUCGAGUCGGCGUUCCUGGAGUUUCAGAGCACCCUGUUCAGCCCCGCCUCGAUGACCCUGGAGCGCAGCGUCCAGUCCAAGGAGGUCAACGAGAAGCUGGAUGCUGGCAUCUCACUGUUCCUCACACGUCUCUGCCCGUACUUCCUCCUCAAGCCGGCUCACAAGUGCAUCGAGUGGCUGGUUCACCGUUUCCACAUCCAGCUGUAUAACGCCGACAGCCUGCUGGCCUGCGCGCUGCCGUAUCAUAACACCAACAUGUUCGUGCGAGUCCUGCAGCUCCUCAAGAUCAGCGACGCCACGAGUCGCUGGAACUGGCUGCAGAGCCUGCAGAAACCCGGCGUGCCGUUGUCCAGAGGAACUCUGAUCACUCACUGCUACACGGACCUGAGCUUCAUGGACUUCAUCUGCACCCUGGUGACCAGAUCCAUUGAGGCUUAUUCUGGACACUCGGGAAGUUGCUCCCAGCUCAGAGUGAUCUUCUCCUUUUACGCCUGUACCAUCGUCCCCGCUUUGGACGCCGUGGACAAAGUGUCCAACACCAUCAUCUCCAAACUGCUGCCAUACGUCCAGACGGGUCUGAAGUCAUCACUGGCAGACUACAAAGCCGCAACCUACAUGAUUGUAUGCCAACUGGCGGUGAAGGUGGUGAUGGAGGCAAGUCUAGUUGACAGCCUCGCCAUGCACAUCAGCAAGUCUCUGAACAAAGAGCCUGUCCUCGCCAAGGAGGGUCUGGGCUGCCUUAUCGUACUGCUGCAGAACCAGAAGGAGGGUGCCGUGGGACCCAGAGCUGCCUUCCGUCUAUGCUCAAUGCCGGCACUGGUUUCGACGCUGCAGGUCAUGGCGGCGGUUCAUGAUGUCAGCCCUCUGCUGCGCUACCUGCUGCCUCACCUGGUCCAAAGCAUGUUUACCAGCAGCUCGGGUGAGACGGAGAAGCUCGGAGUGCUGAAGUCCAUCCUGGAGUCCGUCCCCCUGACCAAAGACCUGGACUGGACUGUGGCUCGCCUGCUGCUGGACGAGUAUCUUAGACAGACCGAGCGCUCACCUGAAGACCUGUCAGCCCUUAACCAGCAUCUGCUGCCUCUGGUGCGCCUGUUCGAGUCCAAGUACUGUGGCGCUCUGGACGGCGUCCUCACAGGUUGUGUGACUGACAUUGGCAGCGUGGAGCAGAAACAACUCUUCCACCAGUUUCUGUCUUUGUCACUGAGCAGUGGGAAACACCAGAUUUUAGGCAACUCAGAGACGUCACUGCUGCUCAGCCUGAAACACCCCCAGCCUUCAGUCAGAGUCUCAGCUGUGGAGCACCUGAAGGAUGUCAUCAUUGCUGAACAGCAGCAGAGUCUGGAUGAAGCCUUCCUGAAAGAUGCCAUCAUGGAGCGUUUGAAUGACGACUCACCGGAGGUCAUAGCUGCCGCUCUCAAAGUCCUGGAGGUGGUGUUUGAUAUUGUGGAUCACGAGGACGCCUUCUCAAGUCUGCUGUCUCUGCUGUACAGAGCCGAUCAGUCGGUGGCUGAGCGAUGGCUUCCCGUGGUGAUGGAGGCGGUUCGUUUACUGUCUGACCCACGGCUGGGAAAGGGUGAUGGCGAGCUGAUGCAGAAGAUGGGCUGGAAGCUGCUACCCUUCCUGGUCGUCACCUCGGCACAGCUGGACUUUGCUCGCUGCAUUGUCCGGUCCCCCUUCCUUACCAAACACCCCCUCACCUUGAACUGGGACCGAGAACUCGAUGAAGUGAUGAAGAGAAGCUCCGAGCCCGACUUCGUAGGUCUGGCCAAUGAUCGUUUGGUCUCCACGCUGACAAAGAACCUGGCAAACAUGGAGCACUUCUCUAAACGCGAUGCUUUGGAGAAUCUCGCUCUGCUGGUGGAGCAGCAGCAUGGCUCCGGCCUCAGAGACAGGGCAGCCUUCCUGGUUCUGACCCGGACGCUGCUGCUCGGCCUGGGCGAGCUGAGCGAGACGCAGCACCUGCUCACCGCUCAGAGGGUCUUUGUGCUUCUGGAACGACCCCUGCUGGAGAUCAUAUGGAGUGAUGCCGCACAGGAAUCUGAGCGUCCUGGCUCCGUGUCUACCUCCUUCUCUGAGGCAGUGGCACUCUACCUGAGCAGAUGUGCUCAGCUGCCAGGUGAACAGCUGGACAGAGAGUACAGCUUUGUACUCAUCGCUCUGCUCAGAGACUUCAUCUCCGGUCUCAGGUGUCACGAUGCGUCCUUCAAAGGUGCGAUUUGGUGGAACCCGGAGAAGCUCGACACAAACACCUGCUGUUACCUGGGUCUGAUCUGCCGCCUCUUUAGCGUCAUCAUGAGCGGCGCGGCCGAGGGAGCAACGGCUGACAGCUUCAGAGAGCUGAUGAAGCUGCUCAUCCAGGUCCACCUGCGUGAGCUGCCGGUGCUCUUCAGGUUCCUGUGCGUGCUGUGGGGAUACAGCAGUAACCAUGGAGACCAGCUGGAUGUGAAGGUGGGUGCCGUCCUGCAGACUCAGGCGCUGUACAUGGGCCGAGCGCUGCUGAGCACCCAACCUGCCGGGGCGAUGGAUGAGCUGGCGGCCGCCGACUCACCCGUGGUCCCGUCUCUGCUCGUUUGCCUCACUUCUCCGGUUCGGGAGGUUAGGAGGGCGGCACUCAGCGUCCUGCAGAGCCUAUCAGCAGCCAACAACUCCCCCUUCCAGCCAAUCACAGAGAAGCUUCUGACAACCUCGGAGGAGAUCAUCGCUGACCCCUUGUACCUCAGCACAGCUCUUGGCAUGCUGCACGACGAGUCUUCGUCCAGCAAAGCGAAGCCGCAGCAGAAGAAGCUGGCAGUGGCGAUGCAGCUGCUGCUGCAGAGCAUUCAGACUCCCAGCUGCCCAUCGUACAGUGCUGCUGCCCUGCUGAGAGCGCUGAGCCACAUCAAUGGACAGUCCGUCCUCUCUGGCGUGCUUCCUGCCCUGGAUCGCCUCCUGGAGACCGGUCCAGACACCCCGACCCUGCUGCGGGCCGAGGCCCAGCUCCUGCAGCUUGUCCUGGGGAAAUACAACGAGGCCUCAGCCCCCCUGCUGGCCAAAGACCAGAACUGUUUGGAUCUGUUUGUCAGAGCUCUGAAGACCUCCACCCAGCAGCACGCUGACAUCCCAAGCUGCCACAUCAUCGCUCUGGAGCAGAUCACGAAGCCAUUCUUCUCAGCCAUCGCAGACGAGAAGGUGCAGCAGAAGCUGCUGUCGGUCAUGUUUGACCUGCUGGUGGAGAGCAGGAGUCCGCUGGUGGCUAACACCAUCAGCAGCGUCUUCAAAGGGAUUGUCGUUGACUGUCAGCUGCUGGCCAAUGAGCUCGCUCCUCCAGAGAAACCCAAAGUCAGCGUGACGGUGCAGCAAACCCGCCGGAGCCGCCUGUCACAGAGGAGACCUCAGGAGAGCAGCAGUGUGGGUCCAGAGGGGGGCGCUGUGUCGUGGCAGAGAGUGACCCUGAUCCUGGAGCUGUUGCAGCACAAGAAGAAGCUGAAGAGAGCCCAGGUGUUGGUGCCAGUUCUGUUCUCUCUGCUCACCAGGAGCUUGGAGCCGUGCUCAGACGAUAACGCCAACAUGGAGUACACCAAACAGCUGCUGCUCAGCUGUCUGCUCAACAUCUGCCACAAGCUGUCUGCCGGUGGUGGACCUGUGGCUGCAGACAUCCUGGAUGAAGAUAAGUUCAGCGUGGAGCUCGUGGUUCAGUGCAUUCGAACAUCCGACAUGCCGCAGACUCACCACCACGCCCUGCUGCUGCUGGGCACUGCCGCCACCAUCUUCCCUGAGAAAGUCCUCCACAACAUCAUGCCCAUUUUCACUUUCAUGGGUGCCAACAUCAUGCGGCUGGACGACGCUUACAGCUUCAGAGUCAUCGACAGGACGGUGCAGAUGGUCAUACCUGCCCUGAUCCAGGCCCAGCAGCUCUCUGACAGCAGCUCCGACUCUCGCGUGAUGGCCGUAGUGACAAAGAUUAUGCAUGUGUUUGCCGACGCACUGCCCCACGUGCCUGAGCACCGCCGACUGCCCAUCGUCAGCCAGCUGGUGGCCACGCUUGGCCCCGCCCGCUUCCUCUGGGUCCUCUUGGUCCUCCUGUUCAAGCUGCACGCCACGCAGAGCUCUGGCUCCGCCAGCGAGAAGGAUGCAGCUCUAGAGAGAGACGUGGACUUCUGGAUUUCUCUGUGCUGUGAGUUCGAUGUCAGCAAUCAGCUGACCUCGCUCAUCAGCAUCCUCAACUUCCUGCUGCAGCUGCCGGAUGACAAAGAUGACGCUCCAGCGAAACGGCCCGUCGGCCGGCGAGGAGCGAAGAAGAAGGAAGACGAGGAGGAGAAGGUGGAGGAGCUGAUCUUCAGCGUGGACGCUCACAGCAGCAAAGAGCUGCGACACUUCAAGUUCCUGUCCGUGUCCUUCAUGGCGCAGCUGCUCGGCUCAGCGAGCUUCAUCAGGAAGGUCUCUGACAGCAGCGAUGAUGAGGACGCGUCUCUGCAGCUGCUGCAGCAGAGGCUGCUGGAGGAGAUCCUGCGCUACAUCCACAGCGUUGCUCGUUGUGUUGAGGAGAACGCCGACAAACCCACCGCCAAGUUCUGGAGAGUUCUGCUCAAUAAAGCCUAUGAUGUCCUGGACAAGGUGAACGCCCUUUUGCCCACGGACACCUUCAUCACGGUGAUGAGGGGACUGAUGGGAAACGAGCUGGCAUCAGUCAGGAGGAAGGCCAUGGACCUGCUGAACAACAAACUGCAGCACAGGACACAGUGGGACGCACAGCAGGUAACAGUGCUCCUCCAGCUGAUCAGCGACCUGCUGAACAUCGUGGGUAAAGGUCAUGGGAAGCUCGUGGAUGAGGCGGAACAGGCUAUCAACAGACAGACAGCACUCUUCAGCCUUAAGCUGCUCUGCCGCAGUUUUGGCUCCGACCACCAGGAGGAAUUUGUCCCUGUGCUGCUGCAGACAGUGGAGAUCAUCACAACAGCGGAUGAAGAGAAGAACGUGACGGGCAGCGCUCUGCUCUGCAUCGCCGAGGUGGUCAGCACGCUGAAGGCCCUCGCUAUCCCGCAGCUACCCAGGUUGAUGCCAGCCGUACUGCACGUGCUCACAGACAGGAAGGAGCUGCUGACCAAUGAGAUCUACCUGCUGAGUGCCGUCACUGCGCUGCAGCGGGUCACAGAGACGCUGCCACAUUUCAUCAGCCCAUACCUGCAUGACAUCACCUUACAGGUGUGUCGGCUGACCCGGCUGCUGGAGAUCUCCUCCUCCUCCUCCUCCUCUUCCUCAUCCUUCACCCAGCUCUCCACCCGUCUCUCCUCCCUAAAGAGCACCCUCGCCACCAAACUACCCCCCAGGGUCCUAUUGCCCACCCUCAGCAGGUGCUACAACAGCUUAGUGGUCAACAAGAAGAGUCAGCUGGGGGCGCUGCUGAGCAUCCUAAAGGAGCACAUUGCUCAGAUGGCGAAAGACCAGCUCAACUUCCACCAAUCAGAGCUCACCACGUUCUUCCUCACUGCGCUCGACUUCCGCUCCGAGCACUGCCAGGGCGAUCUGGAGAAGACUGCGCAGGUCGAGGGCUGCGUGAUCGACUGCCUGAUCGCCAUGGUGAUGAAGCUGUCUGAGGUCACAUUCAGGCCGCUCUUCUUCAAGCUCUUUGACUGGAGUAAAUCGGACCGUAAAGAUCGUCUGCUGACCUUCUACCGACUGUCCGACCGCAUCGCCGAGCGCCUCAAAGGACUCUUCGUGCUGUUCGCUGGAAACCUGGUGAAACCAUUCGCAGACGUGCUGAGACAAACCAGCAGCUCCAGCACAGACACGCUGCUGUUUGACUCUGAUGAUGAUGGUGAGGAGAAGAGCUGCCUGCUGCUGCAGUACAUCCUCGACUGUCUCUACAAGAUCUUCCUGUACGACACGCAGCGCUUCCUGAGCCGGGAGCGAGCUGACGCCCUGCUGAACCCACUCGUUGACCAGCUGGAGAACCGACUUGGCGGUGAGCAGCGGUACCAGCAGCGCAUCACCCAGCACCUGGUGCCCUGCGUCGGGCAGUUCUCGGUGGCGAUGGCUGACGACUCGCAGUGGAAGACCCUCAACUAUCAGAUCCUCCUGAAGACCAGGCACUCUGACGCCAAGGUGCGGUUCUCCUCUCUGCUGAUGCUCAUGGAGCUGGCGUCCAAACUGAAGGAGAGCUACAUGGUGCUGCUGCCAGAGACCAUUCCCUUCCUGGCUGAACUCAUGGAGGAUGAGUGUGAGGAGGUGGAGCAACAGGUCCAGAAGGUGAUCCAGGAGAUGGAGAACAUCUUGGGAGAGCCGCUGCAGAGCUACUUCUAGCACACAGCUGAAUGAUCAGAUCACUGCUGAU